GGAAAACGGAACGGAACGGAAAGCGGAAUUUUUUUUGUACCAGAACGGUGUAUAAAAUGACAUCUUAAAACAAGAUACUGAAUGUAAAUAAAAGAAUAAUCUGUCAAUGCUAUUGCUAAUAAAAGAUUGACAGUUUACUACUUUGAUCUGGUAAUUCAUCGUUAUCAAUACAUUAUUUUUUGCCGAGACGUUAAAAUAAAUUCUAUUAAAGAAUUGUGUAUUUGUUGACAAAUUUAACUUAUUUUUUACUUAACGACUCUUUGUUUAUUAAAUUGUUGCUUUUAGAUUUUUAUAAUCAUACAAUUAUAACAAUUGGACGGGAACCCCUCUUUAUAUCAGGUUUAACUCGCGCAUGACCUCUGUACGAAACGUUAUGGAUCCAGAAUGAUUUUUCAUUCCACCCUCACCUCCGCUCGAAUUCCGUAUACAUUAUAUUCAAGUACAAAAACAUUCUCAGAGUCUAAAUUUGUGAUUUCGUUUCAAAAGAUAAAAAAACUAACCAAAUGUGUAUUUAUACGUUAUUAUUAUUAUCAUUAUUUAUGAGUUAUUAUUUUUUAAUAUCAUAUACAUCUAUUUGAAAUUAAUGAAAACAGGAUGGCAGUAUUCAUUAAAACAUUAAAUAGAAAAAAACAAUAAACUUUUCCAGUUUCCCAAGCUUUAAUAUUUACACUGUCAUAUUGUGUCCUUUUAUCUUUCGGCCUGGUUGAAACACCAAGUCAUUGCAAUUAAACAAAGCAGCAAAGGGGAUCGGGGCAGUUUUUUCGUGAUGACAGCAGUGGUAUCAAACAUGUCGGCUCUUUUGAAAAUCGACGACUUCGGAUUAGACCAUGGGAACUUCGUCCUCAUUCGACUCGCCAACAUAGAAUCAUGUGGGAGGAAAAUUUCAGACAGUUUUUGAAGAAUAGAUCUGACUCCGAAUUAUCAGACUCUUCGUCGAAUAUCAGCUUGCCAUCUCUUGAAGAAUUCUCAACUUGUGCAAACGAUGAAGACGCUCCGAUUUCAAUUUCCAGUACAGAUUCCUUUAAAGAAACCAAAAGUUUUCAUCUGUCAUCACAAGAUGAUUCCAUUGUUAUUUUGUCGAGCCCAGAAUCUGUCUCAAAUUCACCAACAUCGAAAGCCUACCAAGAUUUGUCCGAUUCGAGCAGUAGUUCUGGACAUGAUUUUGAUCAAAGGUCGUUCGGGCAUCAGACCAAGUCAUCUGAUCAACCGCUGGAGUACUUUGAGGAUAACAAACACAUGCCGAUUUAUUCGUCGUCUGAUAAGGGAUUUUCAGUAAAAGAUGCCGUUUCGAUAAUAAUAAAUACAAAGGAUAAAUUGGCAUCCAAAGUACCGUUCAGUUGCAAAGAAACCAAAAUAUUUGUUGUAGACACAAGCAAGUUAGAACAUAUUGAUGAUAUACGGUCUCAUGAACUUGGUGCAAUGAAAAAUGAGAGAGUUCAGAGAGAUUACGUUUCAGUUGCUGAAGAUGAAAAAGUAAUCAAAGUUUUGAAAAAAAAUCCCAAUGUCAUGAGAAAAGGAAUUUACAUGCUAAAAAGGUCUUACUACUCUUUGAAAGGCGACACAAGUUUUAAGAGAAGAAUAUAUGAACUAUCUGAUUGGAAAGGCGAUCAACACAAAGUAGUCAUUUUGCAGUUUGUUUUCCACGGUAAUGCUCCUCCACCAAAGCCAAGACCGCAUGGAAAUAGCAAAUCAGGGGGCAUGUAUGUUAGGACAACAAAGUCAACGCUUGAAAAGGUGAAGGAGAAGUUGAAACCAAAAGAUGCUUUUGAGGAUGCGUUCGAAUCUGUUGGCGGCAUGGAAGCAGAAAGCAUGUGUUCCAUCCCCAGAAACGUAAAGCAGAUUUACAACAUGAAACAAUCGAAGUCCAAGCAAGAAAUAGGGUCCAAAGAAAAAGACGAUUUGUUUUCGAUAAUACAACAAUGCAAAUCUGAACAAUCUCUGACCAACCCCUUUAUCAGAUCAAUUCAAGCUGCGCCCGAACCCAUGUGCGUCUGUGUAACUGACAGACAGCUAUCGGAAAUGCAAAAAUUCCUAACUAACCCCUCAGAAGCAUCCAUAUUAGGUAUUGACCCUACUUUUAAUUUAGGCCAGUUUCUGGUAACGGUUGGAACGUACAAACACUUGCAACUUCGACAUCGGCGAACCGGAAACUCCCCUACGAUGAUUGGUCCGGUGCUCAUUCACCAACAGAAGCUCCCAAUGUCAUAUUCCUAUUUGGCAAGCACAUGCACUUCUCUCAGACCAUCUCUAAAAGAAAUUCUUUUCAUAGGAACUGACGAUGAAAAGGCCAUUUUUAACGGUGUUAAAACCUUCUUCCCCCAUAGCUUAAACAUUCAAUGUUUUAGGCAUAUGCGAAACAACAUUUCAAGAAAACUCCAAGGGCUAGGUGUUUCUGAAACCGCUGCAGGCGAAUACCUGAGGGACAUAUUUGGUGUUAAACGCAAUUCCGAGGUAGAAUAUGGAUUGGUGGAUGCAACAUCAGAUUCUGAGUUCGAUACAGAGUUGAAAAAUUAUGAAAUAAUCUGGAAUGAAAGGGAAAUCGAAGACCGCAAAACAAACGAUCCACUUUUCCACAAAUGGUUCCUUAAGGAAAAAGCAGAUACUUUUAAAAAGCAUCUUCUGUUACCGUUGAGAAUAUCUGCAGGUCUUGGAUUUGCUGAGUACACCACAAAUGCUAAUGAGUCUAUUAACAAGAAGCUGAAAGAAAAAGUUGACUACAAAGAAUCUCAGUUAGGAGAAUUUUGUUCCAAACUGUUCUCUUUAGUUGACAGCCAGAAUAAAGAUGUUGAAAAAUCCCUCAUUGGAGUCGGACCUUACGAACUGCGACCUGAAUAUAAGCAAUUUGAAAUAUGUCAAACGGAUUGGUUUAAGCUCUCAAACAGUACAAGACAAAGCCAUCUAAAAAACUUUCUUAAGGCCCCUUUGAAGCCGUCUCGUCAACGUUUUGACAACGAGGGUGCUUCCACUUCCAGUACAAACAAAUGCCAAAGCCUAAGUAUUAACUUUGAAGAAACUGGAUUGUCAGAAAACGUUUAUAAACAUGUUUGGGAGAAAGCUGUUGAGAUUUUGGAUAAGGACAGUAAUAUUGUACAUGCCCCUGGAGAAAACACAGCCAUGCUUGUUGUCAGUAAAUCAAAAAAAAUGCCUCAUUAUGUUGAAAUUUUCAAAAGCGGAAAAAUCGAAUGCCCAUGUGAUGGAUAUAAGGCCAAACAAAUGUGUUCUCAUGCUUUGGCAGUAGCAGAGAAAAGGGGAGUUCUUGAAAAUUAUCUUUGUUGGUAUGAAAAAUGCAGGGGUCUCAGCAUUUCAGCGAUAUGCAGAGAAAAAAUGCCACAAAAACCUCAAAAGAAACCAGGCCAUAAAGAUAGAUCGUCAAAAAGAAAAUCUACUACUCGUUUUGAAUACGAUGAUGCACUUCCCACGAAACGUAGAUCGCGCUACAACCCGACAGAAAGUAAUGUAACUGCAGCCGAUGAUAUUGAGUCCAAUUACUUUCUGAAAUCAUUAAAUGGAACAAAGAUACGGGUAUGUUAUGGGUGUUCAAAGGCAAUCAGAAUCCCGCCACACGUUCCUGCGCCACCUUACGAUGUGGUUAUAUGCAGAAAGGAAUAUCGCGCCUAUUCCUUGGACGGGAUAUCAAAACUCACGCUCACGCCUCAAAAUGUCCAUUAUCAUUUACGGAAGGCAUGCCUCACAAUGAAAAACCCCGAAUUUGACGAGGAUACUCUCAUCAUUUGCACUCCUGAUGUCGGUCAGCAGCUAACAGACGUUCACAAGAAUUAUUUGAAAUGUUUUAAUGUGAAGUACUAAAAUCUCUUAGAUGUUUCUUGUAAAAACGGGAGUGGAGUGUAAACGUUAAACUAUUGGGAUUCAUGUGUUUCACAAUUGAAUAAAUCUCAAAAUGUAAUUAAUGAGUUAUGUUUAUGUAAUUGGUUUUCCAUAGAAAUGACGUUAAAAAUUAUAAUCAUGAUCAGUGCCUGACUGAAUUCUGCGCGAACUCGCGGGGCAAAUAUAACAGACUAAAAACAGAUCGGAAAAUUACAAAGUGCAACGAUUGGUUGCCCUCACCAGACAAACUUGAAAGUGCCCCCGUUUAUUGACGAUCAAUUUAGAAAAGCGUCGUGUCCUACCUUUUGCUUUUUAAAUUUAUAAACGGUUCAUUUAAUUGUUUUCAUUAUGUAAGUCACAUUUUAUUAUACUAAAGGGUCGAGUUAUAGCCAAGCUGUUUGUAGCCUUUUUUCAAUAGUAAAUAUUAAUGGGCCGUUUUUCAUUCAUAAACAAAUGGGUCGUAGAAAAACCGUGAAAUGACGAUAAUGAGUUGCCACAGCUGGUGAGGAUAGACAUUUA